AUGGAUAGUGUUGGAAGGGAGCUGAUUAUUUACGAGAGAGAGGCGGCUGUUUGCGUCUACAGCCGGAGCGGCGCGAGCCGCCCUGACAGCGGGACCCGCCCCCUCCCCCCGUCCCAGACCCGCCGCUUCCGCCCUGGUCACCUUCCCGGCUGCUCCGAGGGCGCAGAGAGGAGUCCCCGCCCCCGGGUCCAGCUCGGGCCAGCGGGUGUCCCGGGGCGGCGGGGGGAUGAGCUGCGGCGGGGUGAGCAGCAUCGCCGGCCCCGGGGAGCCGCAGCGAGACCCCGCCGCCGCCGCCCCUGGAGCUGCCGGUCGCGGAGGAGAGCGCGGGGCUGCGGCGGCUGCAGCCCCAGGAGAAAGCCGGCGGCCGACGACCCCCCGGGCGGGGCGAGCAGCGGCUCCGGCGGGACCCCACCGGGCCCCUCCGAGGGGAGAAGCGGCGGCUCGGAGAGAGCCCGGGGGCAGGCGGGGGCCGCGGGCGGCGACAAACCCGAGACCCGCUCCGUGUGCGGCAGCGACAGCGGCAGCGACAGCAACCCCGGCGGCGCCGGCCCCAUCUGCAAGAUCUGCUUCCAGGGCGCCGAGCAGGGUGAAUUGUUAAAUCCUUGCCGAUGUGAUGGGUCAGUACGGUACACACAUCAAUUGUGUCUCUUAAAGUGGAUCAGUGAAAGAGGGUCAUGGACCUGUGAGCUCUGCUGUUACAGAUACCAUGUUAUAGCAAUUAAAAUGAAAAAACCUUGCCAGUGGCAACGCAUUACAAUAACACUGGUUGAGAAAGUGCAGAUGAUUGCUGUAAUCCUAGGAUCUCUGUUCUUAGUAGCAAGUGUGACUUGGCUUCUAUGGUCAGCCUUCAGCCCCUAUGCAGUAUGGCAAAGAAAGGACAUCCUUUUUCAAAUCUGCUAUGGAAUGUAUGGUUUUAUGGAUCUAGUGUGCAUAGGACUAAUUGUACAUGAAGGUGCAUCAGUUUACAGAGUGUUUAAGCGCUGGAGGGCUGUUAAUCUUCACUGGGAUGUAUUAAAUUAUGAUAAAGCUACAGACAUAGAAGAGAGCAAUCGAGGAGCAUCUUCACCGGGUAGGACAUUGUGGUUACCACUAACUGCAUUUAGAAACAGAAAUUUAAUUCAUCCAACACAGUUAACCUCUCCAAGAUUUCAGUGUGGCUAUGUAUUGCUGCAUCUGUUCAGUCGAAUGAGACCUCAUGAGGAUUCAUCAGAGGACAACAGUUCUGGAGAGGUUGUGAUGAGAGUGACCUCAGUGUAAAGAUAAUGCUCACUGUGCUACACAAAUAAGGAUAAUGUGCCCUGGACUUUACAGUACUCCGGAAUGUAGUUGCAAUGAAUGGUGAUACCAUAGCACUUCUAAAAAUAUUUACAACUUUUAAAACAUUUAAUGCUUUUUAUAUGAUCAGUUGAAUUGCAAAUACAUUUUUCUGAAAAAGUUGUUGCUUGUUUUUUUA